AUGGCGGAACCGUCAGUCAUCAAUGUCGAGUACAAGGGCCGACUGGCCAUCAUCACCAUCAACAAUGAAAAGAAACUCAACGCCCUCACCCAGAUGCAAUACUACGAUCUGGCUCAACGGCUACGCGAGGUUGCGACCCACGAUGAGGUCUACAUUACCCUGAUCAUUGGCACCGGCCGUUACUUUUCUGCAGGUGCCGACGUCUCCAUCUCCAGAUCCAACGUCGCCCCCUCCGAAGGUCUCUCCUCUCAAGACGCCAUCCACAACCACUGGCUCCGCAACUUCGUCGCCAACAACCUCAACAUCACCCAGGCCUUCUAUACGCACCCCAAGAUUCUUAUCGUUGGUCUCAAUGGGCCCGUCAUCGGCCUCUCCGCCGCUUUGGUUUCCUUCGCCGACUUCAUCUACUGCGUCCCCUCCACUUUUCUGCUCACCCCCUUCUCGUCACUCGGUCUAGUAGCCGAGGGAGGCGCCUCUCGCGGUCUUGUCCAGCGAUUGGGUCUACCCAAGGCUAACGAGGCGUUGAUUAUGAGUAAGAAAAUUACAAAGGAGGAGCUGGUGCAGACCGGGUUUGUGACCAAGUGCUUUGAGGAAGUCGGAAGGGGAGAGACGAAAAAGUUUAAGGGGUUGGUGUUAAAGGAAAUUGAGGAAAGGUUGGGAGAUCAUUUGGUCGGAGAUAGUUUGUUAGGGAUCAAGAGCCUGAUUAGAAGGCCUGAGAGGGAUGUGUAUGAUGCGCAGAAUGUGGCGGAGGUGAUGGCAGGGUUGGACAGGUUUGUUAGUGGAGUGCCGCAGGGGGAGUUUGAGAAAAUUGCGAGCGGGAAGAAGAGGCAUAAGCUUUAAAGGGGGGAAUUGUGUAGGCUUGUGAGUGGAGAAGAGGAUGAUGAGGGAAUGGUUGUAUAUCUCAUUUUG